AAAGUUGUUGUUGAGACGGCGCGGCGCUAAGAUGGCGGCGGCGGCUGCCGUGGCGGGGGCGGGGCGCGGCGGCGGCGGCGGCGCGGAACCCCGGCCAGAGCGGACCCGGGCCCGGGGCUGGGUCGGCGCGGAACGCAGCGAAGGCCGGAGCAGGAUGGAAGCAGGGGAGGAGCCGGAGGAGGACGACUCUCCUGGUGGCCGUGAAGAUGGCUUCACUGCGGAGCACCUGGCUGCGGAGGCCAUGGCGGCUGACAUGGACCCCUGGCUGGUGUUCGAUGCCCGCACCACGACUGCUGCUGAGCUUGAAGCCUGGCUGGCCAAGUACCCACCGUCCCAAGUUACCCGCUAUGGGGACCCUGGUUCACCCAAUCCCGAGCCCGUGGGCUGGAUCGCAGCCUACGGGCAGGGUUACAACCCCAACUCGGGCGACGUGCAAGGGCUGCAGGCAGCCUGGGAGGCGCUGCAGACCAGCGGCCGACCUGUCACACCAGAAACCCUGCGCCAGCUCGCCAUCACCCACCGCGUGCUCUCUGGCAAGUGGUUGAUGCACCUGACACCUGGCUUCAAGCUGGACCAUGCCUGGGCUGGCAUCGCCCGGGCUGUGGUGGAGGGCCAGCUCCAGGUGGCCAAGGUGAGUCCUCGUGCCAAGGAGGGCGGGCGCCAGGUCAUCUGUGUCUACACGGACGACUUCACGGACCGCUUGGGUGUCUUGGCAGCGGAUGCCGCUAUCCGAGCGGCGGGCAUCAAGUGCCUGCUCACUUACAAGCCUGACGUCUACACCUACCUGGGCAUCUACCGGGCCAACCGCUGGCACCUCUGCCCCACUCUCUACGAGAGCCGUUUCCAGCUGGGAGGCGGUACCCGUGGCUCCCGCGUGCUGGACCGGGUCAACAAUGUGGAACUGACCUAGUAAGAGGGAAACCUCCCUCUGGUCUCCCCUGCUGGAGGCUGGAUCCUUUUAUCUUCCUCCUUGUCCCAAGGUCAAGGUCCCCCACAAACUGCCUGCGUCUUCCAAACCCUUGAACUUGGGCCCUGUGUUUAGGGCUGGCUCGAGCUUCCACAUGUUCUGGCUCCCAACGGGCCCGGUGCCCAGCCACCCUUUCAGUGCUCCCCCCCUGCAGACCAGGGCCAGACAUUGGGUACAGACACCGUGGGAGAAAGCCCACCUUGGCCACCUUCGCCAGACCACCCCUUCCGCCUACCCCUGCCUUCCUCCCUCUCAAGGGGAAAACAGUGCUUCCAAGCCCUCACUACGGGGCCUUCGGGGUCCAGGGAGAAGGGCCCCGCAGCCCAAGCAUGCCACUUUGCCAGGAGGGUAGUUGUACCCACUCAUCCCCCAACAGAGAGAGGGGAUGCCAGGGCCACGGACAUGGUUCUGCCCCUCGCCACCCACACAGCCUGCUCCACCCUCCUCUGCUCCCAGCUCCCCUGACAUGUGCCUGUUCCUGGCAAGCUCAAUAAAAGUCAACUUGGGUCUG